UUGUUUAUGGAGUGGACAGCACAAAGGUAGGACUUUUACUGACGCAUCGUGUUCCAUCCAUACAUUCGACUUAGGAAAGGAAGAGAGAAACUGACGAUAUUGAGCUGUAUUAUUAGGCUCCUUUCAGUUAAGCCGGAAGCUCUGGGGCAAACAUGGGGCGCCGAAAAUCUAAACGCAAACCGCCGCCAAAGAAGAAGCUUACUGGAAACCUGGACACUCAGUUUACCUGUCCGUUUUGUAACCACGAGAAAUCAUGUGAUGUCAAAAUGGAACGCAGCCGAAACACAGGGAUAAUAUCCUGUAGCGUUUGUUUGGAGGAAUUUCAAACGCCUAUAACCUAUCUCUCUGAACCAGUGGAUGUUUACAGUGACUGGAUAGAUGCUUGUGAAGCUGCCAACCAGUAGCAUUUUUUGGUUAUUUUUCAUUAUUAUUACAGGCCAAACAAGGUCUACAGAGUCAAUUGAACCACUACUUAUAAUAUUAGUUGAAGUGACCAAAGUAGUCCUGUUUUAGUAGACUGUAAAUUACGUUGGAUAUUGAUCCGUUUCUUUUGUACCUGAUUUAUAGACCUGUAAUUUGAGUGUACCUAUUACCUUUUCUUUUUCUGUCACUGCUGUUUGUUAAACUACCUUUUACUUUCUUAGAUUUUUUAAAACCAUUUUAUAAGAGGACUUUUGAUCAAUAAAUGUCCUCAAGAAAUUUACUUUUUGGUUUCAUAAUUUUUUGUAAUUCUAAUAACACAAUCUUAAAUCAUGUUAAAUAAAGUUAUAUAGACAAGACAGACAGCUGAACAUGAUGUUGCCCGUCAUGGGAGAGUCAUGAUUAAGUAUAUUAGAUGAUCCCUCACAAGUUAGGUAUUAAUGAAACACCUUACUAGAGCACUGAAGAAAAAUGCUGUGGUUGUCAAUAUUGCACACAGUUUGUUAUUACAGUUAUGUAUAAACUCAGUGUUAUUAAACAGUACUUGACCAACA